AUGAAGCGAAAGCCGAAAACCAAUUCGGAUUCAAGCUCUACGAAAAAGUAUCCUCGACAAGACCCUGUGUCCUGCGAGUCAUGCCGAAAGAAGAAACUAAAGUGCAACCGGAGCAUUCCAUGCAGCAGCUGUAUAGUGCGCAAUAUCGACUGUAGCUUUGGGAGCCGUCUAACUGCAUCAGCUAGCUCCGCAGUAAAACAGGGUAGCCAAACGGGAGUGUCCCAGCCGUAUAACCAGGGGGAAUCACGACCUCAACAUCCAACUCCAGACGUUGAGCCUCGGAGCCGCAACCGUGAUGACCCUCUCAUGACUGUUGACUGGCUCGAGACUAUGGUCAUGGGUCAUCGGGUUCCGAGUGCCAUUCCGCCACCGUUAAGAGAUGAGUUAUCACAACAUUCGCGAGCAGCUGUGGCAGAAGGGAUAUCUAACCUCGGCGCUUUGUCAUUUUCUUCUGGUAGUGGCCAUACACCAUCUUGUGAGAACCCUGCCAAGAUUCGAUUAUCUUGCUUCCUACCACCCAAAGCCGAGGCACUGGACCUGUUCCAGUUUUACAUCAAUCACCUUGACUAUCAAUAUCACAUCAUCAUUCCCAGUUAUACAAGGCGGGAUAUUGAAGAUAUAUAUGAUAGUUCUCGAACAGAUGAUCUUAACUUACCGCAUGUUGCACUCUUAUUUGCAAUCGUCGCGGCUGCACUGUUCUAUAAGCUCCUCUCGACCGAAUCAGCCGGGAUUUCGGAGGCCUCCAGCUGCGAGAUGGCGUUCCUGGCAGGUGCCGCUUUGAUUCAGAGUGACUAUGUUGCUUGUCCCACUGUUGAGGGUCUACAAGCUGCGAUGAUAAUUGGACACAAUUCAUCUAUUGCGACCCUCAAUCCUGCUGUCAGCUCGCUGUUCCUGCAUGGGUCUCUGAUUAGCCAGGCUAAAACUCUUGGGCUUCAUAUGGUGGAUUCCUCGAUAUCAGAACCAAAAAUCAAUGGAAACGAUAGAACUAAAGUCGAGCUUAAGCGGAGGCUUUGGUGGGAUCUGGCUUCCUAUGACUGGUUUCUUGGUUUCCUCAGUGGACCACAAGAGUGGACUUACACAAUCAGUCCUCGGCAAAUGAACGUGCGAAGACCUUGGAAUAUUGAAGAUGAAGACAUUGAAACCAGUGAAACAGAAUUGCCAAUCACAGAACCAACCUGCAUGUCCUACACGCUCCAACGAUUGCGCUUAGCCGAAGUUUGCCGUGAGAUUGUGGAUAGCACUGCAUUCGAAAAUCUCCAAGGCAUGGAAAUACCCUACGACAAGAUCCUAUCCCUGGACCGCAAGCUUCAAGAUGCAUACGCUGAAAUUCCAGCAUUCUUCAGAUUUGACCAAUCAUCCCAAUACAGAUUUGCAUCACUCUAUCGUGAAAGACCUGUAGUAGCCUGGCAACGCUCAUUGCUCCAACAAGGAUACCACUACCGGUUCUGCCGCUUACACCGACAAUAUUUAGUCCGCGGGGCUAAAGAUCCUAAAUACUCAUAUUCUCACAUUGUGUCGCUACAAUCAGCUCGGAAGGUGCUAGAAGUGAAACGCAUAAUGGAUGAAGAGGAUCCAAUAUUUGCACCGAAUAGCUCAUUAUUCUGGGCGGUGAUGCACCAUGUCUUCAUGGCCGCGGUCAUUCUGCUUAUUGAUGUAUGUUUUAACUGGGAUGAUAUACUCGCUGAGAAGCGAAAGGAGGAGGUUCUUGCUGCUUGUCGCUUGCUUUGUCAAGCGCAGCAGUCAUCUUCAAUUGUGAGGGGGGGCAUUGAUGCUAUGAUGGAGAUUUUGCGGAAGCAUUGGAAGAAGGAAAGGCGGCAGUGCCCACUGGCUGAUUCUCUCAACGAAAAAGUUGGGCAGGCUCAUCUACAGAUUUCAUACGCAUCGAAAGACACACAGAUUGAAGUCCCCGAGCAAGACCUUUCUAUAGCCUCUGACUUCGGCCAAAUUCCGCUGGAAGAUCUAUGGUCAGGGAUGCUGGACAGAAAUGAGGAUAUUGGACUGGGAACGCCUGACUGGAAGGACUUGCUAAUGGAACUGACCAAUGCAACUUUGCCGCCUGAACUAUAG